AGAAAAAAUGAUGUCGAGAAUGCGUUCCAUUAAAGUAUUGGAUUAUGCAUUAUCCACACCAGAAGGAGCUAAUAGUUGUGAAAGAUUCGUAGAGAUAUUUGGACUAAAAACACUCUUUUCUACUUUUAUGCGCAAGGGCUUAAAAAAAUUCAAAAAAAAUUACAAAUCGUUUUUGGAAGCUGAAGAAGAAGAGCAUAUAAUUGGGAUAAUAGUAUCACUAUUAAAAAACUUACCACAAAACAGUGAACACCGAUUAAGGUUAUUUGGCAAGUUUAUUGAAAAUGACCUUGAAAAAGUUGAUAGGCUACUUGAGAUGAGAGAAAACUAUGAAUUCAAAGUUUCAACGGUUGAUAAGGAAAUUGAAGAAGAAAAGGAAGCAUUAGAAGACGAUGAGAUCGAUGUUGAGACGUUAGACGAAAUAUAUUUGAGAAGAUUAAGUGCAGGAUUAUUUACUUUACAACUUAUUGAUCUCACGAUCGCAUGGAUUUGCUACGAGGAACCCAUG